AUGACGGAGCAGACGCAGACACAAACGCCGCCACUGGCGACGAUAGCCAUCGGUAGCAAAAAGACCAACGGCGUCGAUGCUAACGGCUCUGCACACGUGAAUGGUUCCUCCGAACAACCAGACAACCAACCGAGCGGCACCUCCAAGGAAGACAGCCAACCGGCCAAGUCCAAGAAACGCCCGCGCGGUGGCUUCGACUCGACCAAGCUUCCCGACGCGCCGCAAGGCUACACUGUCCGCUUCACCUUCCACUCGGCUUCCAACCUCGCCCCCGGCGAUCUCAAGUCCGCCUCUUCGGAUCCCUUCCUCCACGCGACCCUCAAAGUCGCCGGCCUGAAGCGCCACAAGGAGGACCCGGAUCUGACGCACCGCACGCGCACGCUGCGCCGCACUCUCGAGCCGCAAUGGAACGAGCAAUGGACCGUCGCCAACGUCCCGCCCACGGGCUUCACGCUCAAGUGCCGCCUCUACGACGAGGACUCGCCCGACAAGGAUGACCGCCUCGGCAACGUCACCAUCCGCAUCCCGCGACUGUACAGCGAGUGGGAAGGCAUCCCUCCACCCGGUCGCACGUUUGAGGGCAAGAAGCGCGUCAUGAGCAAGCGCGCAUACCUUUUGAAGGCCGUCACGGACGUGUUUCAGUCCAACACGCACAUGUCGCCGCUCGUCACGAUUAGCAUCGAGCUGCUGGGGCCCUCGGAUCCGCCGCACGGCCAAAUCUACACCGUCGGGCCCGCGAGCUGGGUGCAGCAUUUUAGUCCCAUGAUUGGAAGGUUGGCGGGCAUAAAGGUAGACGACGAAAAACAGGGCGAGUCGGCGUCGCAAGGCGACCAGAAACUGCAGCAGCAGCAGCAGCAGCAGCAGCAGCAGCACGCGAACGGCGAGAGCUCAAGCUUGGACAAGCAAGCAAACAAGAAUCAGCGCUACGAUUUUCGCGCCAUUGAGAUGCAGCUCGUCGGUCCCAUACCGCCCAAAAUGUACCACCGCUUCGUCGCCUUCCGGCCCGUCAUCGGCUCCAUGUUCAUGUCCACGGGCAUCCGCGGCAAGAUCCUCAACAAGGCCCUCCACAAGCAGCACAACCGCAUCUACAAUUACGACCGCAGCACCGAGUAUGGAGAUUUCCCGCCGUGCUCCGAGGCUGCCACGCGACAAUUUCUCAAGAUGGCGCGCUUCGACCAGGGCGGCCGCGUCUUCACCUACGUCCUCACCCUCGACUCCCUCUUCCGCUUCACCGAGACGGGCAAGGAAUUCGGCAUCGACCUCCUCAGCAAGCACACUAUGCACUCAGACGUCGAAACCUACAUUGCAUACUCGGGCGAGUUCUUUAUCCGCCGCCUCGAGCGGCCCACCGCCUCCGACGACGCCGACCCCCCGCACCUCCGCACCCACCCCGCCGACGACCAGCUCCCCGGCGGCCCGCCCUCGGACGCGCCCCCGCAGGACCCUUCCUACUACCAGCUCAUCAUCGACAACGACUCGGGCACCUACCGCCCAGACAAGUCGGUGCUGCCGGACCUAAAGGCGUUUUUCGAGCGCAAUUUCCCUGGUCUCGGCAUCGUCGCCAUGCACUGGGAGGACGACGAGCUGCAAAAGAUGAAGGACGCGCAGUACGAGGCCAAGAAGAAGGAGGGCAAGGUGCUCCACGGCGUGCUCAACCGCAGCACGAGCAGCAUCAGCUCCGCAGAGAGCGAGCUCGAGAGUCGCCAGCAGAACUGGGACGCGGCCAAGAGCAAGCGCGAAAAGGCCCUGGAGGCGCUUGAGCAGCCCGGCACUGUCAAGGACAAGGCAAAGCGUGUUCUGCAUUAA